CCACGAGGAACGUCCACGUGUCUUUAUACGAAAUCUUGUCUAGUAAAAAGCGCAGCAGACAAAAAGAAGAAGAAGAAGAAGAGGAGAAGCAGUAGGCUGUUCAAGAAGAAGAAGAAAUAGUUCGAUGGCGAUGACAUUAGCAGCUUCGUCCUCUGUGGUAGUGAUGAUUCCACGUGUCUCCACCGUCUCUUACCUUCCUCCGCUGCCUCCUCGCUCUUUUGGUCGAUCAUCUUUCACUGUUCCUCUGAAGCUAGUUUCAGGGAAUGGUUUGCAGAAGGUUGAAUUGAUGAAGACGAGAGCUUCUUCAUCAGACGAGACCUCAGCGUCCAUUGACACCAACGAACUCUUUAAUGACUUGAAGGAAAAGUGGGAUGGUCUUGAGAACAAGACGACUGUGGUUAUCUACGGAGGAGGAGCCAUUGUUGCUGUUUGGUUAUCUUCCAUUCUUGUUGGUGCCAUCAACUCUGUUCCUCUGCUUCCGAAAGUUAUGGAGCUUGUUGGUCUCGGGUACACAGGAUGGUUUGUCUACAGAUACCUUCUCUUCAAGUCAAGCAGAAAGGAGUUGGCUGAGGAUAUUGAUUCCUUGAAGAAGAAGAUUGCAGGGACCGAAUAGAUUCUUUCAUAUAAAUAAUAAACAAGCUUUCUUUCUGGAGUUUCUCUGUAAUGUGAUUAUUAUACAAUGUAUCUUUUUCAGUGUGAAACUAUUAUUAUGCAGUAACUGGAACAUGUUACUCUGUUUCUAAAUAAACUUUCAUGGAGACA